ACGCCGCACGUGAGUGAAGAGGCUGAAGUGGCGUGGUUCGAUUUGCCGGCAGCACAAAGAGUGACGAAAGACGGGGAGGGCGCGAGAGCGAGUGAAUGAAUGAAUGAAUGAGGGAUGCGAGGACGAUCAAGCAGGAGAAAGUGAGAGUGUGUGGGAAAAAAGGAGAAAAAGAAAAAAAGAAAGAAGAAAAGAAAAGAAGCGGAUAGAGAGACAGCGCGUGGUAGCGCGGGCGAGGGUGAGAAGCGAGAGGGAUGGACGGAUCGAGAGGGAGGAGCUGGAGCUGAGCUGAGGGAGCUGAGGUGACGGACGCUCGGAUGUGCCUUGGAGCUGACGCUGGUAU